AUGGAUUUUAUUAGAUUAGAAGUCUCGACUUGCAGGAUACUGGCUAUUCAAAAGAACCAAUCAACAUUUAAUCAAUCAUCAAUUAUUCUUAUUCGCUUUUAUGCUAAUCAUUAUUUGCUAAUUGCCCAUACAAUUAAAUGUGAUGAAAGAAAUCAUAAACAUUUAAUAUUUAUUAUUCUAGAUCGAUGUUUUUUCAUUUCCGGUAAUCUAAGCAAUGUUAAAAAAACUAUGGCACCACAUGACUUUGUUGAAAUUCGACUUGUAUGUAAAGCUGAUUAUCUUGACCCACAAUUAAAAAUAAAACUACAUGAAAUUAAAGAUAAAUUAAGAGAAAUACUUCACACUGGUCGAAGAAGAUUUGCAUUAAAAAAAGUGCAGCCGUGGAAUAGUGUUAAAGUUACUCUUGAUAUUCCGAAAGAGGCAGCUGAUCGUUUACAUUUACUUGCUAUACAAGGAAAUGUACGCCUCAUCGAACUCGGAAUACUCAGUGUGGAAAUUGUUGGACAAUCGAAUGCUAUUGUAGUUAAUAGCAAUAAUAAUAACAAUAAUAAUAAUGCAUCAACAACAACUAAUCCAACAACAACGAACAGUAAAGAUUUAUCUACGUCAUCAUCAUCAUCAUCAACAACAGCAACAACUACAAAAAUUCCGAUUGAUUCUCUUGAAUCAACUGUUUCACCAUCUUCAAUAAAUAAUUUUUCAUAUGAUAAUAAAACAGAUGAUCAUAGACAUAAACGUGUAAAAUUAGAAAACGGUAGUGAUCAACAAAAUUAUUCGAAUUUAAAUAAUUAUUCAUAUAAAUCUUCUUCAACUACUGUUAAUCUCAUGCAACCACCACCGAUAAUUGGACAUCCUAUUGGUCAUUAUAUAUCACAACAACAACAAAAUCCACAAAUUCUUCAUCGACAACCAUCAACAUCAACGAAUAAUUAUGGGCGAUUAACAUAUCCAAACAGUGGCAAACCUCCCCCUCCUCCUCCUCAUCCAUAUCAGACUUCAUCACCAAUGGAUAAUAAUAAUACAACAUUAUCAAAUGGUAUUGGUAAUGAUAUCCAUAAUUAUCAUCAUCAUGAUUCUUGGUCAACAUAUGUUGAUCAUUCAAAUAAUUAUAAAAUGAAAGUUAAUGGCGUAUUAUCAAAUCAUUAUUAUCCUCAACAACAACAAUUAAAUCUAUCGGAUAGUUCGUCAUCAUCAUCAUCGAAUAUUUAUUGUACACAACAACAAACACAAUAUGAUAUGAGAAGAUGUGAGACAAGUCUAACACAAAUGACAACAUCAGCAACAAAUAUACAAAAUUCAUAUGAUGGUUCGUCAACUGGUUUAUCAUCUUGA